AUGCGCUGCGUGUCCACGGAAGGACGGAGAACCGUCUACGGUUCUGAAGCUGGUUUGGGCUGGAGCUUCAUCAUUUCGGGCCUGAAUUUGGAAAAGGCCGCUGGGCGAGAAGUAUCGUUGCCAUGCCAGGACAGUGAGCUCUUCUCGCUGUUUUCCAACACGGAGCGGCAGCUUGACAACAACAAUAUCAACAACAAAGAGCAGGGAGCGGCAGGAUUAAGAGCGGCAGCUCACGCGCUAGAUUUGGCGCACCGCUUCGGGCGCGCCUAUAAAUUGCGGCGCUCGCCACGCGGCCUCCACACUGCCACGCGCGCUCUCCCCGCUCCCUCACUCUGCCGCUUGCUUGUCGCUUCCUCGCCCCGCCACCAUCGCGCCACCAUGCCGCCGCGCCGCCGGGGAUCGUCUGGCUACCGCGACAUCCACGAGCGCCCCAGCGGCACCUACUAUGCUGAGAUCCGGUCCAGCGACGUCCGGCUCGGCCUCGGCACGUUCGAGACCGCACACGGGGCCACCCGCGCGUACGACGCGGCGGCGUGGCGCCUAGAGAGGCCUCCAUCACAGAUUAACUUCCGCAAUGUCUACACGCGCGAGCAAGCGCAGGCCGUCGCCCCUCCGCCUCGUCUUAUCAUGGAUCAGAACCGUGCGGAGCACCGUCGGCAUCAGCGCCGCCUCCUCAUCGCCGAGGAGGAUGAGCGAGCCAUGGCGGAGUGCCGCCAGGGCCACCCGGAGGACGUCGCCAACGAGCGCGCCUACUGGGCGGAGAGGACGGCAAGGCGCCGCGCGGAGCAGGCGGACAAGCGUCGGCGAAAGGCACAUGCCAUAUCGCAAUGCGAUCUCGUCAACGUCGUUGGGAAGUCGUUCUUCACGUCUGAUUAUGAACGUUGGGAUGACGUAUGGAUCUCUACCUCGGACAACACCAGCGAGGGUGAUGAGGACGACUCGGAGUAG